AUGGGAGUAACCCCUUUCCACCACUCCAUCCUUAAGCUCCGGCUGCCAAAACAUUUUGACAAGCCAACGUACAUGAGAUAUGAUGACACCCAAGAUCCUUCAGAAUAUAUAACAGCCUUUGAGGCCAGGAUAAAUCUAGAGGGUGUAGGUGACGAGGUGAGGUGUGGCGCUUUCCCUUUGACCCUGACAGGACCGGCGAUUCGAUGGUUCAAUGUGCUCCUACAUGGGUUCGUAACGACCUUCACGGACAUAACGUGCAACUUUCUAGCACAAUUCACCACGCGCAUUGCCAAAGCCAAGCACCUGAUUAACCUCCUAGGGGUUACCCAAAGAAAUGGGGAGCCGACUAGGAAGUACCUUGACAGAUUCAACGACAAAUGCCUGAAUAUUGAUGGUUUGACCGACUCGACGGCUAGCCUAUGUCUAACAAACAGGCUGUCAAAAGAAGACUUCAGAAAAUACCUCACCACCAAUCCUGUAUGGACCAUGCAAGAGAUCCAGAACCUGGCAGGCAAAUAUAUCAAUGAUGAGGAGGUCAGCCAGGUGGUGGCAGCCAACAAACGGAAACCUGCCAACCCUCAUCCCCGUCAAUCCGAUAACAGGAAAAGGCCAAAGGAUCCCUCCAAGGAUAGAGGAGUGACUAAACCAUUCAAGCCCUUUCUGCCAGUCAGAAAGUUCACAAACUAUACCCCUCUGACAGCCCCGAUAGUUGAGGUCUACCAACAAAUAUCCGACAAGGGCAUCUUGUCAAAACCCCGCCAACUCAAAGACAGAAUCGGUGGGAACAAGAGUCUCUACUGGGACUACCAUAAAGGCUUCGGCCACAAAACCCAGAACUCCUUCGAUUAA